CUCACCUUCAUUGUCGUCGCUUUAUAUUAACCACAGCUCACGAGGACUACGAGCCAGACGCCGACCCAGCAUACAAGGUCGACCGACCGGUGGCCACCGUCCAAGACUCCUGUGAAUCGCGAGUGCCACACGACACGAUCGUACACGUACAGGCUAGGAAUGAGCCUCGGCGUUGGUGCCAAGAAGCGUCUCGGCGUCGGCGGGGGCGGGUUCGCGCUCGGGUGCGGCUGCAAGGACGCCAAGGCCGUGGAGGUGGCGGUGGCGGUGGCGUCCGCGUCGCCGUACUCCGCCACCACCACGGGGACGUCCACGGCUACGACGGCGACGUGGCGCAGGGCGAGGGCCACGAACCCGUCGGCGUCGGGGUCCACGGGCACGCUGACCGUGCCCUCCGCGCCGUCGUCGUCGUUCUUGUGGGAGGAUGUCGUCGAGGCUGAGGGCGACGAGGAGGAGGUCAACUGCAAGCGGUUGAGCUCGGCGACCACGACCAGCUUCUCCGGCCUGCUGCGCCAGCUCAACGACCUCGAGCAGAGUGUAGUGUCGUGGGGCAGGAAGAGCACCAGCAAGAGUGACUACUCGCCUCCUCCGCCACCUCCGCCACCGUCGCGGCCCGUGAAGCACCGAGUCGUGCACAGCGGCGACAGGCGCGACAGCAAAGAAGGCCACGGCAACUUCUCUCCGCCAGCGCCGCCCCCUUCUUUCCAGUUUCAGUCGCAGCAGCACCGGAAGGCAAAGAGCAUGGACAAAGGCGACGGUCAGGAAGAAGAGGUCCACUCCAUGCAGCCGCCACCGCCACCUUCGCCGUUGCCAUUGCCGGCUGAGCAGCUCCCGAACGUGAAGAGCAUGGACAUAGGCAGCAAGAAAGAAGACGUCAACAACUUUCCCCCAUCGCAGGUGCCGAAGCACCGGAAAACGAAGAGCUGCGAUGGCGGCACCGUCAGGCUCGACGGGAGCGUGGCGGUGGUGAAGCAGUCGGAGGACCCGCUCAGCGACUUCCGGCGGUCAAUGGCGAACAUGAUCGUGGAGAACAGGAUCGUGACGGGCGACGAGCUCCACGAGCUGCUCCGCCACUUCCUCGCACUCAACGCGCCACACCACCACGACGCCAUCCUCCGGGCCUUCACCGAGAUCUGGGACGAGGCGCUCACCACCAAGACCCCCCAACGCAAGCCCGCCAGGCCGGCGCCGAAGCCACCGCGGCAGAAAGCAUCACCGCGCCGCCGGCAACCUCCGCGGGCGUGGCGCUAACGGGUACGUGCGUGGCCACAACGACUUAGCACAACGUAGCUAGCUCGGCUAGAUUGCUUGCAAGAAAUGGUCAGUAUAUAUCACCUGACCACGAAUCUACCGCAGAUAUGUUCUCCGGAUUUGCUUGUUAAUGCACCUCUAGUUUCAAUUC